UACGAUGCAGGAGGCCAAGUUGGAAAUGCAUCAAAAGCUCGAGUCUUUCCACACUUCAUCAGUCGAACCUCUCGGAUCCACACAGGCAUUACAGACCAUGGCAUCAUCGGAGAUAGGUUUGAACAGCCUUGUCUUUCCCCAUCCAUGGUUUGUCUACAGAAGAUGACGCAGGCUCCAAGAAGCAGACUUUCGCAUUUCUAUCUCGAUAUUGGAAGUUCCCACGGUGAAGGCAAGAAAGAUGCUCUUGAAGCUUCUCAGACGCGUUUACUCAGGCUCAUGCCCUUCCUCGACCAGAUUGGUAAUGGUCUGGUAGUUCUCCACUUGCCCCAUCAGCAUGAAAUUCUGCCUUGGGAGGCAUUAUGCCACGCUUGUCCCCAUUUGAUUGAAUUAGAAGCCGGAUUAGACGUGGUUUGGGAUCCACAGCAAUGGCCUUCCAAGCCAAGUUUGUCCCAUCUGCGGGUGGGGAAGUUGACCUUUGAUUCGCCUUGGGGCCUGGCUUGGACCUUUGAGCAAUUAGGAACGCAACUCUGGGAGUGCGAUUUGACCUUCAGACAGUACCACGAUCACCACCAUAUCGAUGCCCAUUGUUGGGGACAAGUUGAGCACGUUCUCUUUGCUUCUCGGAAUUGGAACUCCUUGACCAUGAAAUCCAUCAAACUCGGCUCUCAAUGCCAUUUUGGGGUGGCCCACCUGGAAUUGUUGAUGACCUCGAUGCCCCAUUUGGCGUUUAUGGGCCCUUUGGAGCAUUGGAAUGCAAGUAUUGACGCGGAGGAUGCAGAAGACAUCCUGGAACGAGCUCUAAAUAGAAACUGGAACCUGAGUCUCCUGCUUCGAAAUUGCGUUUUCUCAACCCAAAGCCAUUAUCAAUCGAACUCGCUUAUUGACAACCCAUGGCUCCGUGGGGAGCAAUCAAUUCUAAGCAGUCCUCAACAUGAGAGGAAACCCGACGAGCCCACUUUUGAAUGGGGGUGGAAAAUCGAAGGUACUUUGGAACUGUUUCAAGUGGAACCCAAAAGACGCUUCUCGUUCUCAUCUAUGAAUGCCGAUGACAUCGCUGAGCCAAUGGUGGCCUCAGGGAAUAGCCUCCAACCUCCAACUCGUUUGCUUGAGGGGAAUAAUCCAAUUUCAAAUUCAAACUAUCCCGAGAAGAUCAACCCGUUGGAUGGGGUUCCAACGCAGACUGAAAGCUCGAAUUCCAGGGAUUUGGAACAAGACGAUCACCUCUUUAUGAGCCCCUCAUCAGAUGAAUCCGGAGUCUCUUCAUGGGAUCCAAUGGACGAGUGUGGACUUUCAACGCACUCAUCCGCAUUGGGGGAAAAACCCGAACCCAAGGGCGUGGUGGAGCCCGCUCAAGUUUCAUCUGUCUUGGCAAUCGAUGACAUUGGCUCAUCAAUCAAAACCUCCCCUUCGCAUUGGCUCCCAGUUGUUGUUCCAGGGAACUUGGAUACGACGAAACAUGACGAUAGCAAUUGUGAUAACUCCGCAGACCGUGAGCGAGCAAAUCCCAUCAAGAUGAUAAAGACGAUAGAGAGCGAAUGUCCAUCAGACUCGUCAGAAAGCUCCUCAAGCGAAGAUGAAGAAGAGGAAGAGGAUUUCCAACAUUUCCUCAUACGAACAGAUCCCCAAAUGCCAAAGGUUGAAAGAUUGAUGGUCAUUCAAUCAGCUCAACUGCCUGGGAGCGAUCCUUGGGAAACAUCCGCCAACGAGAAUGAUGAACAUGAAGAUGAUGGUGAUGGUAAUGAAGAUGAUAGUGAUGAUAGCGAGGACAAAGCCACUGAUGAUGAUAAUGAGGAUGAUGACGAAGAAUCAGAAGUAGGGGGAGAAUCAGAUGUCGAGUAUGACCUUGAAUGGUACUGGGACUACCAAGACAAAACGUGGAAGCGAUGCGAUCCCAGUGAAUGGGAUCUCGAGGAGCCCGAGACCUCCUCAAAACCGAGCCCCCCUCAAACAAAGCCCAUCGAUCAGAAAGCUCAAGGUCACGCUGGGGCCACACGCAUAUAUGAAGGCCAAGAUUCAAGUUUCUGGCAGAACGAUCUUCUCGAGCUUGGUCCCACUCAAGAUGAAGGCAUUCAAACAGCCUUCCCAAAAUGGCCAUCCGUUGAGUCUCCAUCCCAUACGAGCAUCAAUCUUGAUGAGAGUGCCGUCAAAUUGAUGCCCGAACAACGCUUAGAUUCGAGUCCAAAGCUCUCUCAAACGAUGGCACGCCUCCAAGAUCGCAUGAACUUCUCUAGUGACUUGAGCCGUUGUCGAACGGUGAAGAACAUUCGCCAAUAUGAACUGGAGCGUUUGGGACAGACCCAACUGGUGCAAAAGGGAAGGUGGAUCAAGAGGGACAACAGCAGUCCGGAAGAACCGUAGCAAGGCUUCCAAAUGUGCUAAGGAAUUUCCUCAUAUUACUUAAGCGGUUAGACACUUACUCAAAAUAGUUAUUCAAUCUAUCAAGAUGUGCUGUACACAUGUGAUUUUCAUGAGUGGUUCACUUGUUGACCAAAAAAAAACAAACAGAUUUGCGCUAAUAGUGCAAAAAAGCCAACAACCGUUGACCUAAGACAAUACCUUCAAACUGGUUGUUAGAUUGAUUAUGCUUAUAAUAAUCAUCCAAGGACGACGUCAUCACUGGACAGAAACGGUAGGGUGGGGGAAACGUAACUUUUAUCCAGAUGAACCGAAUGCAUUUUCCUUCACACAAGUUGGACUUAAGUUAGCUCAAAAAGCGUUCGCCAAUUUUGAUCCUAAUUGAACGUCUGUCUCAAAAGCAAUGAGGUCCUGAAACUCAGUACAACGUGGGCAGAAAAUGAUUUGCCAACGUGGUGCUAGCUCAUUCAAUUUGCACCCUCCCUGGUCCGAGUUUCAAAUGCUCAUAACUUUUGACACAGACGUUCGAUUGAGAUCAAAACUGACCAUUGCUUUCUGAGCGAGGCUAUAAUUGGAGUCAACUCAUGUAAAGAGAAAUGCAUUUGAUUGAUUGGAGUUGGAAUUAUUCAUUUUUCCCCACCCCGUCGCUGUCCAGUGGUGAAGUCGUCUUUGGAUUAUCCAAGAAAAUCAAAAUCCAGUUCCAAAAAUGCAAAACCUGAGCCAUGCCUAAGAAACCAUUAGAAAAGGAAAAACAAUAACGUAGGAAAUUUCUGUUUCACUAACUUCCCGAUUAUUUUAGCACUUCUGUACACUAUCUUAUUAUGAUGG